CUCCUGGUAAAGCGGAGAUCCAGCCUUCAUUGGUCUCUCCUCGUGGACGUUUUCUUCAAGCAGUUGUGCGUGAUAACUCGCUCCGCUAUGUCCAGACUCCACACAUUCUCUGUUUUGGCCAUUAUUCUUUUAUCCCAUGUCGUCGUCCACACGGCGGAGGAGCAGACCCCGACUCCUUCUCCCGCUCCGGUUCCUUGUAGCCUGAAAUCCAACACCAGCUGUGAGGAAUGUCUACACAAUGUGGCAUGUUUGUGGUGCAUCCCUACCAAUGCAUGCAUCGAGUACCCGGUGAAGAACAUCUUGCCCCCCAGCAGUGUUUGCCAGCUGAAUGAUGCUCGAUGGGGGAAGUGCUGGCUCAACUUCCAGGUUCUGAUCAUCACAGUGUCUGUGUUCGCUGGUGUCAUCAUCAUUGCUGUUAUUGUUUGCUGCUGCUGUUGCUGCAAGUGUGAUAGAAUCGGGAACAGGAGAGAAGAUGCACGAGUGGAGAAACAGAACCGAGCAAGGAAGGAAAACAAGAAAGCCAGGAGAUCAGACAUGCAGAUGAGACAUGAUGAAAUCAGAAAGAAAUACGUCAUGAAACAUAAAGAAAAGGGAAAGCCGUGGAUGUGAUAGACAAGAUAAAGGGAAUAAAAUCUGAUCAGGCCUGGCCAAGAAUAAUCCAUAUUCUCGUAUGAACGAAGACUAAGAAGAAUCUGAGUGAGGAUUUGCCAAGUUGAUCUUACUUCAAACAAAAGACUAAAAGUAUAUCUUAAAACGCACUGAAAUGAUCUGGACUGAUUUUCAGAUUGAAAGAGACAUGUUUCUUUUCUUAUAGUGAAUGCAGCCAUUAUUUGGGGAGGUCGUAAACAUUUUCUAAGGCUUUAGUAUAAAAGAUGCUUUUUUUUUCAACUAAUUUGGCCUUUCUCUCUUGAUAUCUAAGUCUAAGCAGAUCAUUAGUUUUGACAAGCAGUCUUUCCUGUAGUAUUUUGCACAAAUAGUAGUAACAUGGAAGAUUUUCUUUAAUCACUUUUCAUAAAUUAAAAUUUCUUUUGUAAAUGUCUGUCCAAAGUAAAAAAAAAUUUCUUUACAUGAUUUACAAAACAGAUUUCACAUUUUCAAUAAGUUUAUUAAAUGUAGGUUUUACAAUAUAUAACUUUUAGAAAAUAAAUUUUCAGUUUGAAUCUUUGUAAAACAAUUUCAAUGGGAAAAAAAAGAAAUGAAUAAAAAUAUUCCAGUGUGAUUUGAAAAACAUAUAUUUGUUUGUCUUUUAUGAUCUAUGGAAGGCUGGGUAGCAACAAGGUUUAUAGUUAUUACAUGAAAUACUGAUUUAAAGUCUUAAUUCUUGUUUUUGAAGAUAGAUUUCCAGGGCCACCAGAUUAAAUUUAUGGAUGGGUUUGCUAAGGGGCACUAUAACCUUUCAGUGUCUUUAUAGUGUCGUGGAUAAAAAAAAAAAA